AAAAAAUAAAACUUUGUUUUGUGAACUGAUGGCCACUCCUCCAAGCCCAGCAGGAGGAUAGCUUCGUAACACAGACUACGAACGGACGAGGCUUCGAAUCUCUUCUCCUCUUCUUCUCUUGAAUUGAACACCAUCAACAGCUCAAACACUCCUUCCUUCGAAAUUCGAAUCCAAUUCUCUUCUAUUUUCACUUUUCAUUUUCUUUCCCCAGAAUCAAACACAAAAUUUCACAAUUAAUCCAACAACACAACUCCUCCCAAAAUACUCGCCUAGCAUUCUCCUUUCUUCUCUCUGCCUCACAAAUUCCCCUAUUUUCUCUUUACCCGAUUCGCUGCAGCAGAGCAAGAUCAGAGCUUUCUUUUAUGUAAAUAUAAACAUAUAUAUAUAUAUAUAUAUUACUUUUGGAAAUCUAUCAGUAUCAGAUUGUGGCAGUUUUUGGAUGAAAAUCACCAUAUCUAUUAUACCUGUAACAUAUGGUGAUAAGCUUUAGUUGAAAGGCUAGAAAGUUAGGGUUUAGAAAUUGAGCUGAUCGAACAUGCUUCCAUGGGGUGGAUUAAGUUGCUGUUUGAGUGCAGCUGCCCUAUACCUUCUCGGAAGGAGCAGUGGCAGGGAUGCGGAGCUUCUGAAAUCGGUCACUCGGGUCAAUCAGUUGAAAGAAUUAGCACAAUUGCUAGAUGCUGAGUGUGUAUUACCUUUGGUUGUUGCAAUUUCCGGGAGAGUUAGUGCUGAAAGCCCUAUCAACUGCGAGUUCAGCGGUUUACGUGGAGUUAUUGUGGAGGAAACAGCAGAACAACAUUUUUUGAAACACAACGAUGCUGGUUCAUGGAUACAGGAUUCUGCUCUAAUGUUAUCCAUGAGUAAAGAAGUUCCAUGGUAUCUGGAUGAUGGGACUGCUCGUGCUUAUGUGUUGGGAGCUCGUGGUGCUACAGGUUUUGUGUUGCCAGUAGCAAGUGAGGUGUUUGAAGAAUCAGGGAGAUCCCUUGUACGUGGGACAUUAGAUUAUCUCCAAGGCCUCAAGAUGCUUGGAGUUAAACGUAUUGAGCGGGUACUUCCAACUGGUACUUCUUUGACUGUUGUUGGUGAGGCUGCCAAAGAUGAUAUUGGAACUGUUCGAAUUCAGAAACCCCACAAAGGACCGUUUUACGUUUCUCCUAAAACCCUUGACCAACUCAUUGUAAACCUAGGAAAAUGGGCAAGGUGGUACAAGUAUGCAUCUGUGGGUUUGACAGCCUUUGGUGCUUAUCUCAUUGCUAAGCAUGCCGUCCAAUACAUUAUGGAAAGAAGACGCCGCUGGGAACUGCAGAGAAGGGUUCUUGCUGCUGCUGCUGCUAAACGAUCUGCAAAUGAUGAUGAAGGUUCAGAAGACAAGGCUGAAAGUGGAUCAGAUGGUUCUAAGAAAGAUCGUCUAAUGCCAGAUUUAUGUGUGAUAUGCCUUGAACAGGACUAUAAUGCUGUUUUUGUCCCGUGCGGUCAUAUGUGCUGUUGUACAACCUGCUCCUCACAAUUAACAAAUUGUCCUCUUUGCCGGCGUAGAAUUGAUCAAGUUGUGAAAACCUUCCGCCAUUGAGGUUCUGCUUUUCACACAUCUAGAUUUGGUUUACCACAUUCAAAAUCAGAGUAUUGUUGUAUGUUUAAUGGUGUCGACCACCAUUAUCUUUUGGCUUUAAGCUAUCAAAAUGCAUCUUAUUAUAAUUCUUUCUAGAGAUAUUGAUAUGAUGACUUCUGGUUUGAGAGAGAUUAUCUUCUUCAGGACCUUUAAUUGUAGAUUGUAAAUGAUUAAUAGCUUGAAUCCUUAUCCUUGCACCCUUGUAAAUUAGCGUGGCUUAUAGAAUUAGUUUAUUUUUUCUUCAAA